GAUUUCGGGUUAGAACGUGCGUGUGUAGGUACGAAGCGAUUAAUCAGACGGUCGUUACAGUGUUGCAAGCAGCACAUCGUCGGUAGGGCGGCAUUGUUUUUAAUCAACCAAAAGCAUAGCGGUGGUACCGGGCCUAAGAAGAAGUUCGAAAGUAACCACAGCGUUAAGACAGUACGCAAGUACAGUGAGUGGUGGAUCAUGAUAUUGUGUAUUUUGUGGCGUACCUAA